AUGCGGUUUAGUUACACUCGUCACACUGAAGUUUGAACCAGAGCGGCGCUCCAGUGGUUGUGAUUUCAUCUGUAUUAUACCGUUUAUGGAUUUUAUGCAGUUUUCAAUAUGUUUUGACAUUUAAAAGAACUUAGUGGAUGAAUGUGCUGACUCGAAACACAAGUGUCAAAACUAUUUUGUAUGUACUCCGGAUAUAAACCUUCACCCUGAAGUCCCGUAGGCAAGAGGCAUCUGAGAAGACAGAAAAAAGAUGUACCAAGAGGUCUGAUACUUGUGCCAUGUCAUUCAAAACAAGAAACCCCUUUAGUAAAACCACAAAAAAGUUGUCCAGCAUGACCAAUGAGACGGUGCAAAACUUGAAUACUCAGGAAACUCACCAAGAUGAGGAAGGCUGGGAAAAUAUCCCACCUGGAGACUCUGCAAAAGCCAAGACGUCAAAGCCCGAAGUUCCAGUAGGAGAUGGGGUGGAAUCUUCCUCUACACAGCCAUGUGGAGAAAAUCAGCAUCUCUCUGACAUUUGCACCUUUUCAACCCCAGCACCAACAAGCACCAAAGGUGGAGUCAAGGCAAAGUCACGACUCUCUGGACUCCCGUCUGCUCUUACACCAAUUUUAAAAUACUUAAAUAUUGGCAAUAAAUCACAGUCUCCAGAUUUUAUAAAACCAAGCACUACGAACAGUAAAAUAUCAAACAAAGGGUCUAACCAACAUCCCAGCUCAGAUUCCUCCAGUAGCCAUCCUGGCAGAUCACUGGGUGAUUCGACUCCUAUGUGCUGGCUGAAGGAUGAAUACUUGCCCGAAAUCACUCUCCUUGAUGUCACCUGUGAUUCCACAAGGGAAGUUAGCAAGAAUGAUUCGGCACUUUCUGACAGAGUGCCCGCCACGCCAGUAACAACCAGGCCUGUAUGCUCCUCAUCUACCAAUCUGCAGCCCUUGAAGUUUAAUGCCUCCAGCAGUUUUAACACAACCACUCCGAUAACCAAUAUGAACAUGGAUGAUCCCCCUGAGAGUGCUUUUGCUCCUCUGCGUUGGCUUGAUGACAGAUACUUCCCAGAAAUUACUCUGCUGGAUGUUACUCGGGAUUCAGAGUUAUCACCAGGAGCAGAAAAGUCCUCCAUGAACAUUACACAGGAUAUGCCACCAGGCGAUGCUCCAAAAACUGAUAUGGCUUCCUCAGAGCUUAGUGGACAGCCUGUGGCAGAGCCCGGCACAAUGGACAAUAUUCAAACUGAAGAACUGUCUACGACUCUGGAGGGUAACACCACACACACCAGUUCCUUUAGUCCACAGUCAAAGUGUGUAGAGCAAAACAUAACAAAAGCUUCCUUGGAAUUGACUCAGGAUAUUUCUGUGAGCAAUCUUUCACAAAACAGUCAGUCCUCUUUGGAGCCAAGCGGAAAAAACAUAGGGAAUACUCACACAAUAGCUGAGGACACCCUUGAAACCAAUCCUGCUAAUGUGACACGCGACAUGAAUUCUUCUAGCGACACAUCGGCUCGGAGCGCUACCUCAGAUAUGCAGUGUGACACUAGUUCAAAGACAAUCACCUCUGAAGUGCUCAGUGAUCCUAUGGUUGUCUCUAAUACUGAAGAAUCACAUACGAGCCAUGAUUCAAAGUGUUCCAGCCAAAGCCCAAAAGAAGCUUGGCCCUUGAACGACACAUUUACUGUUGCCAAGCCUGCCAAUCUGAGUUCCUCAAGCAAUUUAAGCAGUACCUCACAAACGCCUUAUAAUAAGACUCUGGAUCUUCCCCCGUCCAAUGUCAACAUUCCUAAAGAACAGAGUGAGGCUCAAGAUCUUGCGAUGUCAGUCUCAGGGAACACAAAUGAAGAAAACCUUGAGAUGACCUCCUCGGCUGUGAAGGCAGGUGGUUUGUGUAAUGUGCAGAACGCCACUUUUGAUAGGGAUUCACUUCAAAAAUCCAGCAGUAAUUCAACAUUAGGGGAAGCUGUAGCUGCAACCUUUUGCCUCCAAAACCACACUUUUGAUACCAGACCUCUUCCCCAGCAGAAUGGCACAAUAACGCUGUCAGAAACAGGCUCCACUGACUCCCAUCACAACACUGUGGACCUGUCCGCUUCUUCUAAGGUUUGUGAUACCACACGUAGCCCUAAACACACCACUUCUGAAGUCCUGCUUUCUGAAGAGUCUAAACCAACUGGUUUGACAGCUAGUACAGACCACAGUGCCAAGAUGGCUGACAUCCCUGAGGGCACAUUUGAAGCUGAUCCAACUGUAGAGAAAGCUUCUGGAACUGGUCAGUGUGAGACAAAGGACUCCUCACAAUCAGGUGUACCUAUGGACAUGGAUACAGAUGGUCUUUCUGACACUUCUGUCCAUCAAUGCAGAGAUUUGGAGACCAAUAAAGCAAGCCCAUUCAACUUGGAUGACACCUUGGAUUUAGCAGCAGAUUCUUUGAUAACCUCAACACCGAUGCCUAACUGUAAAAUGUUCAACCUCUGUACUGAAAGAGACACAGGCAAAAUCUUUGGGGCAACAAAGAAGCUGUAUGGGGAGACUCCCUGUAAACCAGGUGGUCAGGUAACAUCAGAGAUUCCCUCAAACAUCAUCGGUGACAGAAAAACCUUCCUAUCCAAACCCGCUGCUAAAUCCCUCCUACCUUCAUCGAAAUCUGCAUCCCACCUCCUAAAGUACAAACCAGCCUCCACAGCUCCAGGAAAGUUUGAGCCGCCGACUUCAGGCCUUCCCAUGACGAGACAAAGAACCCAGACUGAAGCUUUGAGAUUUACCGCCACUGCUGAAGCCCCAAUAGUGCCUGCAGGAACAUCAAGCACCUACAACUUACAGGCUACGACUACAGAGAUUCCCUCCAAUGUCAUCUGUGACCGAAAAACAUUCCUGACCAAACCUGCUGCUAGAUCCCUCCUGCCCUCAUCGAAAUCUGCGCUCCACCUCCUGAAGUACAAACCAGCCUCCACAGUUCCAGGAAAGUUUGAGCCGCCAACUUCGGGCCUUCCCAUGACAAGACAAAGAACCCAGACUGAAGCUUUGAGAUGUACUGCCACUUCUGAUGCCCCCAAAGUGCCUGCAGGAAUAUCAAGCUCCUACAACCUACGGACCACAACAACAGAAUCCAAGCAGCCCAACACUGGCUUGAGGAAGCCGCAGUCAGGAGGCCUACCGUCAGGCAUCCAGAGAUCUACAGUGGGUCUCAGGCCGCCGUCAGCAAAAAGCAAUACACAAGCGCCCUCUACAAGCCCUGACAAACCGCGGGCACAAACAGCCUCCAACCUAGUGACAAAGAUUUCACAAGCAAAGAAACACCCCUUGAGCAGAGCUGAAGCUUUACAAGUGGUUGCAAAGAGGAGGAAAAUGGACGCUCCAUUACCAUCAAGUAAUGCUGAAGCUUCAACAUCCUCCUGUGAUGCUGCAAAUAGAGCCAAAAACCCGAAACAGCCCACAACCAAUCAGAGAGCUGUACCAGCUAAAACUCAUAACGAAGGUUGUGCCAAUUGUUUCGCACUUGAACAGCAACUCAAAAUGAAAUCAGAAGAAAUAAGGAGACUGAAAGAAGAACUGCAGAAGUUCUGCAAAGAGGAAGAAUGCUGAUGGAGAUCAAGAUGUUUUGUUUAAUUUCCUUUCCACACUGCAUGAUUUAUAUUCAAUAAAUGUACUUAAUAACAAAUCUACUCAUCACGUAAGUAUUUAAAUCUAAUAAUAAUUUGCUUUUGUGUGCAAAUUUGAAUCUUUUUAUGGUGUACUGGCUUUUGUUGACCAUGGUAAAAAUUAGGUCACAUGUAUUAUCCUCCUAAAAAAAUGUCACAUCUGGUGUAAAUUCUAUUGCCUAAGUAUAGGCAACAGAAUAUUAAAGGUGUGGUCGUGUUUAACUUGCCAUGUUUGUUUUCAGCCUCUAUAGUCUAAUGCAGAGUAUCAUAUCUUACAAAUAUUUAAUGUUAUUGUGACAAAAUAAAGGAUGUUUACAUAAAUGUUU